AGAACCCUGUCGUCCCUCAUGCAGCAGUACACAGUGCGGAGUUUUUCAGUAUAGAAGCAUUCGCAGUAUCGUAGAAGGAGAGCAGCAGGUUCUUGUACAAGCCAAAUACCGAACUAAUACUUUAGCGAGGAUAAAAGUGACAGCGUGAACUCGUUUAUUUUCUCACACAGAAGAUUCAUAUACACAUACACUUUUCCAUUUUUCUCAAAGUUGAAGUUCGCAAGCCCCAUGACGGUCGUCGCAGCGGCUUCGUCCGACGGCGGUGCAGCAAACGGGGCCGCCAGUGCGUCGUCGAAGUCUGUUCCUCUUCCUGCAAACGUCGCGUCCGACAAAAUUACGCACGCCGAUGUGCUGCGACUAGUUUCGCUGCUCGAAAAGAAGGACUUCGAAACCUGGAAGCAACUGACGGUCGAAAAGCACCUGUCGGACGAGUUCACCAGUCUGUCCGAGCAGCUUGAGCGGCUGGCGAAGCAGAUGCUGCCGCUAAAGCAGCUGUGCGGGGAGCUGCGGACGCAGACGAAGCACGUCAGCGAGCGGACCGAGGUGCUGCGAGCGGAGGAGGUCGCGAAGCGGCGGGACAUGGAGGAAUACCUGGAAAAGCACAUUGACCCACUGCAGCGGGAGGAGUAUCAUAUUGAAAAGUGCAGCUGCCUCGUCAGAUUCGGAAGAAAUAAUGCGAAGUGCUUGUAUUGGAAAGUUAUUUUAUCCACAUGGACAAUGAAAGGACGAGGACUCUUGCUACUUGUUGGAAAUUUCAGUGACACACAGCAGUACAAAUUGCGUGACGAAGCAAUACUGUGUACUAUGCAAGACGGGAAAAGUAAGUGUAGAAAAAGUUUGCAAGACAAUGGCUUGCUCAUUCGGAGGUAAGCGCGCUUUUCAUUCUGAUAAGUAGAACGAGAAAUUCGAAAAGGAGAUGCGGGAGUCGGACGAGCUGCAGGCCCGGCUCCGAACCUUUCUGGAAGAGUAUGACCACCGCGAGGAACUGAAGCGGCAGCAAAACGAGCUGCGGGAAAAGGAAUUCGGGAAUACGCAGCGGAAACGUGUAGUCAUUAGUUCGGGUCGUCGUGCUGUCAGGGCCGACAGGCAAAGACUUGACGUGCUGCGUCCGAGGGCUGGAAAUGUUCAAUUUGCCAGGACGCGCUGAUGCCAAGAAGAGCUCAAUUUUUUUUUGCCCUGCUGUAGUGUCAUGGGUACAAAAAAGGCCUUCGAAGCCGUUUGGACAAUACAUUUUUGCCACUCGCGCCGUCAGUGAACAUUUUGUGCGCAAGCAAGACGAGAUUCAACAUCUAGGCAUGUUUUUCCCUGACAGACAGACAGACAGACUCAGGUCUUUUUGAAAAUCAUAGGCGAGUUGGAUGAACAAAUUCUGGAGCUGGAGAAGACCACAGAUCAAGAAGCGGCGGAACUGUGGCAGUGGGAAAAGCUAUCGGCGCAAAUUGUGUUGUGCACUGACUCGAGAUGCAGUUCUUGGUCACAUAAUGUGUCUUUUUCCAAUGCUUGCAGUGUGGAAUCUUGUUGAUACGUAAAUGUAUCGAACAUUUACAUUGUGUGUGCGAUGUUCCUCUUUUUGAAGGUGUAUUCUGUUGCGACGUCCGUUUGUUGAUCACAAGCUUUGGCUUGUUGAGUCAAAAGAGCGCAACUUUUGCGUCGAUAGGGGCAGAACCUGGUGAAGCAGAAGGAGAACGACAAGAUUCGAGCGUCCAUAAACGCACGAGUGGAGCAAUUUGAGGAGUGGCAAAAGUCGCUGGAGCAGAUGCACAAAGACUUCAAUACUACGGGCACGGACUUGCAGACACUUCGUAUCAAAUGUAAAAAUGUCUGGGUCUGGAGGAAUGCAACUUGUCAUGCUAAAUCUGCAGCGUGCAAAAAUCUGUGUUGCAUGAUUACCAAAAGUCGACCAAUUUUGAUCAAGUCGGGAGGUAGUUUCUCAUGCAGGAUAGGCAUUAGAAAGGUCUCGCAGAAUCUGUCAUGCUGGGUCCGGCAUUCCAGACCUCAUGGGUCAUGGAAAAGCAGCAUGACAAAUCGCGCAUUCAUCCAGACCCAGACAUUUUUACACUUGAUACUUCGGCUGAAGAAGCAACUUUUGCUCAAAAAGAAGGACGAGGCGGCCUACCGCCUGAGUCACACCAAGGAACUCCUCAAAAGGAAAAAAGUCAUCGAAAAAGAACUUGCGAAUGUAUGAACUCGCUUGGUCCUCCUGCUCGGGGGCAGAGGAAGAUCUCGAUAAGAUUGUAACUGCGGGGAUCGAUUGCACUCUGCAGACGUCGUGAGAUACAAUAGUACCACAUAGCACUUCUACCGAGAAUGCCCUUCUUCACGAGCUGAGGAAUUUUCGUCUCCAAAAGUUCUUGGUUUCGAGCGUGUGCCGCGCUUUGCC